AUGGAAUUUGUCGCUGUCUCUACUCUAUUUGUUCUUAACAACACCAAAAAACCAACAACAAUAACUACUUGUAAACAAAAAAUACGAAAUAGAGAAUUUGAAUAUUCUACCAUUAAUAAUACUGAUAACAUAAAUAUUCAAACCUACUAUUCUGCUUUUGCAUAUCAAUAUGUGACGGGUAGUAGCAUUUCAAUGUUUGCACAAUUAAUUUUAAUUACCAAUUCUGCUGGCCUCUUAAUUACACAAAUUUACAUAAUCUAUACUACAACCAACACAUCAACACUUUAA